AAGAAGAAAUGAAAAUGACAAAACAGAUUAGCAUGAAUAAAAGACUAAAAAAUCGAUUAAAAAAUGUGGUCAAUUCCAAUGAUCAUAAAGUUGGAUUAGUCAUAGCAACAGUUGAACAUAAAAAUAACAAAAAUAAUUCAGAUAAUAAUCAAAUUCUUUCAGAAAAAGAUUUAUUAAGU